AUGGGUACGGGUGUUUCCUUACGAUGUAUCAAUCCUAUACAGCGAUACGGGAGCGAAGGCGCUGGUGUCGGCUCAGAGUACCUCACUCAACCUUCAGGAUACAACUCCUAUCAUCAUGGCUCAGCCCAACGCCUUCGUAACGUUGUUAUACCGCCUCCACCUCGGCCAAGGGAUACUGGAGCAGGAUCAACGAAUGUACUUUGCUACACUAAACCAAGUUCACCGAUACCUGCAUUCAAUAGCAGCGAGAACACGUUGUCUGUUGAGACUGCUGUACCAGUAGGUCGAUAUGUGAAUAUUACAGAGGCAGGAGGUAGGCCGUUAUUAGAACGUGAUGGAAACAGUUCUCCCCGUCCACUCAAUUAUGCUGAAGUAGGAAUAGGAACAGAACCAGAGAGAGUACCAAGCAGAUGUUCAUCAGUGGGUCAACGCCCCGAUGGUGAGAAUGGCAUCACCGUUAAUUAUACUUUGAUAGAUGCGGAAAGGACCAGAGCAUUGCAAGCUGCCAAUGCGGCGAAUGGGGAACGACGAAGGAAUCCUACAGGGCAUUAA